CAGAUUGAGAGGUCGAUACGGUCGCGAGCUCGAUCGUGACGAUAUCGGGGUGUAUGCCAUGGCGGCGGUGGACAUACGGGAGUACGACCCGUCCAGAGACCGCGCCGGGACGGAGGCCGUCGACCGGGAGUGCGACGUCGGGCCGACCGGCGGGAUGUCUCUGCACGCUGACCUGCUCGGAGAUCCCGUCGCCCGCAUUCGCCAUUCGCCGGACUACCUCAUGUUGGUAGCAGAGACGUUGGGCCCCGGCGGCCGGAUCAUCGUCGGCAUCAUCAGGGGCACCGUGAAGUCGGUCGCCACCGGCAAGAGCUGCCCUGGCGCCCACGCCGUCGCCAGCGUCGGCUACAUUCUCGGGCUCCGCGUCGCGCCUAGCCACAGGAGGAUGGGGCUCGCGCUGCGGCUGGUGCAGCGUCUGGAGCAGUGGUUCGAGCGGAUGGGCGCCGAGUACGCAUACAUGGCCACUGACAAGUCCAACGAGGCAUCGCUGCGGCUGUUCACGGUGAGGUGCGGCUACUCCAAGUUCCGGACGCCGUCGCUGCUGGUGCACCCCGUGCACGCGCACCGCCUCCGCGUCCCGCGCCGCGCGGCCGUGUUCCGUCUCGGCGCCCGCGACGCCGAGCGGCUGUACAACGCCCGGUUCGCCCACGUCGAGUUCUUCCCCGCCGACAUCGGCGCCGUGCUGGGGAACCAGCUCUCCAUCGGCACGUUCCUCGCCGUCAUCGACGACGGGAGUGAUGGGCGCCGCGAGUGGCGUGGGGCCGAGCGCUUCCUGGCGUGCCCCCCGGCGUCCUGGGCGCUGGCGUCCCUCUGGGACUGCGGCGGCGUGUUCCGCCUCGAGCUGCGCGGCGCGUCGCGCCUUCGCCGCGCCGCCGCGGCCGCAACGCGCGCGCUGGACCGCGCGGCGAGGUGGAUGCGCGUCCCGUCCGUCCCGGACUUCUUCCGCCCGUUCUCCGGGUGGUUCGCGUACGGCCUUGCCGGAGACGGCCCCGACGCCUCGAUAGCCGCCGAGGCGCUGUUCGCGACGUUCGUCAACAUGGCGCGCGGCAGGGCGGCGGCCGUGGCCGUCGAGGUGGCGGCAUGCGACCCGCUCCGCCGCCGCAUCCCGCACUGGCGCCGCCUCUCGUGCACGGAGGACCUGUGGUGCAUGAAGCGGCUCGGUGGCAUCGAGGAAUCGGACGGCUGGGAUUGGUCCAGAUCGCCUCCUGGCUUCUCCAUUUUCGUGGACCCCAGAGAAGUGUAGGUAAAAUCGGAUGCUACCAUAGUCAACUGUAGCUAGACCGUACGAUCUAAAAUUUUUUUGGGAGCAUCUCGGUAAUUUUCUCCUUUGAUUUAGCAUUAGCCUCUUCCACGGUUCGUUAUAGCAGGCGAGUUUUGUUCUGCGGAUUCUGCCCUAAUUAUAAUCGGAAAGUGCAGGAAUAGAUCAACUGAAUCGACAGCAACGUCGAGGAACUGUUUUAUCAAACCUUGGUAGCAAAUCACACACUUAACGAAAAUAUUUAACCUACUAAAGUGUUGGUACUACUAGUAGAAAUCAAACGGUAACAGUUCUCAUCCAUCUUUACAUUUACUUCACUAAUAAAAAAAAUGUCCAAGUGAGCGACUGGUACCCGUGUACUGUACAGUCGCUAGAACAGUUGCUGGCUCAUGUUCGCCACGCCUUUUGAGUUUGUGCACUGUGCAAUGGUCGAUGGCCAGCAUCAGCAAUGCAUGCAUGCGUGAUGCAGCAGCAGCUGAUGAUGAUGGGGGCCUCUGACAAAUUCCAAACCAGCUUCUGUUGUGCUCGUUUGACCGAGACUGUUCAUUCGCUCGGUGUACUGUGCAGUGCCACGUGUUCUACAAGUCCUUGUGAGCAUUUGGUUCAUGCAGAUGCAAACCGCUGCUCGUUAACGGAAAAUGCGAGUGUUUUUUU